AUGAGUGAUCGUUAUAGUGAAGAUAUCAAUGAUGUACAUGUGUCUCUUCCCGAUGGAGAUGAACUUGAUGCUAAGCAUCAGCCAGACGAUUUUGUGGAUAUAGUAUCACCAUUACGUGUGGUUUACGAAGGGCCACGCUCUACAUCCGUUUAUUCAAUUGGUCAGGAAAAACACCAACGUCGAUCGACAGGUGUUGGAGCUCAUGAACGACAAUUAUCAAUACUCGAUCCACAUUCUGAUCGUGUUAGUACAAUUCUUGUUUGGGAACAUCUAACAGUCUGCACACGAGAAAGUAGACACAAAGAGCUUUUUGGGCGAUUGAAAUCUUAUAAAAAUUAUGUUCCUAAACGAAAAUGUUUGCUUAACAACGUUAGUGGUGCGAUCGCUGGAGGAUUAUGGGCAGUCAUGGGUCCAUCUGGUUCUGGUAAAUCAACUCUCCUAAAUACAUUAGCCUGCCGUUUAGAUGUAAAUACAAUUGUACAAGGUGAAAUGCGUCUUAAUGGUAUGAAAUACGAUAAUGCUGAAUUGAAACGUAUAGCUGGAUAUGUUAUGCAAGAUGAUUUAUUGAAUGGAUCUUUAACAGUAGAAGAAACAUUACGGUAUACUGCUGAACUUCGUCUACCUCGAACAUUUACUGAUAAAGAACGAUUUGCACGUGUUGAAGAAGUCUUAGGUGAUAUGGGUAUAACACAUGUUCGUAAUGUUAUCGUUGGUACACCAUUAAAGAAAGGUAUAUCGGGUGGUGAACGUAAACGUUUAUGUGUCGGUAUGCAAUUACUUAAUCGUCCACAAUUACUCUUUCUCGAUGAACCAACAUCUGGAUUAGAUUCGGUAACAGCACUUGAUCUAUUAAAAACAUUUCAUGCACUUGCACAUGGAAAAUCACAAGAAAAAGCCGUUACGAUUGUCUGUUCAAUUCAUCAACCGCAAUCAAAAAUAUUUAAUUUAUUUGAUUCAUUGAUUCUACUCAAAGCAGGCAUUAUUGUUUAUCAAGGUCCAAGAAAACAAGCUAUGGAAACAUUUCGAGCAGCUGGUUUUCCAUGUCCCCUGUAUACAAAUCCAGCCGAUCACCUACUAGAUGUGAUUACACCACCUAAGAUUAAUCUAUCGGGAGAACAAAGUGAAGUAGUUCUUUCUCUCGAAGAACAAGCAGCAAUUGAUAGCGCAAUUAUUGCUGCUCAGGAACCUAUUGAAAUAGAUUUAAAUUUGGGAGCAAACAAACGUCUAGCUCAAAUGGCCGAUUUACCAAAAAAUCCUGUCUGGCAUAAACAAGUUCGCAUUCUUCUUCGACGUAAUUUUCAAGAACAAUUACGUCAAUCACGUAUUAUACUUACAUCACUCAUUCAAACGGUCGUCAUCGCUGUCCUCAUCGGAACAGCAUUUUUGCAAAUUGGUACAACACAAACGAGUACUGUUCGUCGUCAACCAGUUCUUUUCUUUUGUGCUAUUAAUCAAGGUGUGUUCGGUGCAUUAAUGGUCAUUAAUUCAUUUCCUGUUGAGCGUGCAUUGACAUUACGUGAAAGAGCUUCAGGUACUUAUUUAGCCAGUGCCUAUUUUACUGCCAAGAUUACUGCUGAUACACUUUCUCAAAUUCCUGUUCCUAUUGUAUUUUCCUGCACGGUCUAUUUUCUUGUUGGCUUCCAACCAGUUGCUGGCAAAUUUUUUAUAUUUAUGUCUUUCAUAAUACUUUGUUCUCUCGCAUCAACUUCACUGGCAUUAAUGAUUUCUGCUUUAUGUAAAACAGCAGAUAUGAGUGUAACUGUUUUACCAAUGGCUCUCGAAGUUACUCGUCUUUUUGGUGGUUACUUUUUAUCUCCAGCAAAUUUACCGGGUUAUUUUUCUUGGCUCGAUGCUCUUUCUUAUGCUAAAUAUACAUAUGUUGGACUGAGUCUCAACGAAUUAUCAGGUCUAGAAUUAUCAUGUAAGGGUGCUACUAGCAAUGCUACUUGUAUACACAAUGGUGAAACAACGAUCAAAUUACUUGGUUUGGAUUAUAUUGAUAUUGGCGGCUGCGUUGGUAUUUUACUUGCAUUCAUAAUAUUCUGUCGAUGUGUAGCCUAUCUUGGUGUACGAUUUCUUAAACAUUAA